AUUAACCAAAAUAACUGAAGUGAAUGAGAUCCCAUGAUUAUUACAGUAAUGAUGAACACCGUACGAUGAAGGAUAUUUUAGUUUUAGGCAAAGCCAAAGCGGCUUUUCAAACUCGUCUUUCUAUCCGGGAAAGCAGAGUACAAGGUUUGAGGUUUCUGUCCUCGUAGUAAAGAAAGCCAUGAGUUUCAGUUUGGCGCGUUUCUUUCUCCAUCUCCGUUUGGGUGUCUCUUCAAAUACUGCAACUACCAGAACUAGAAAAAGCUUUGGUUAUCUACUUUUAGCCCCCAAGGCAACGAAAUUUACCACCACUGCCAUCCACAAAGACAAAUCCCAGAAAUCAAGUGAGGAGGAGGAGGAGGAGAAGCUGUUGGUGGUUGUAGGUGGUGGGGCUGCUGGAGUUUAUGGAGCAAUUAGAGCAAAAACUGUUGCUCCUAAUCUUAAUGUGUUGGUCAUUGAGAAAGGAAAGCUUUUAUCAAAGGUAAAAAUUUCUGGGGGAGGAAGGUGCAAUGUCACCAAUGGCCAUUGUGCUGACAAUUUAGUUUUGGCAGAUCAUUAUCCUAGAGGUAACAAAGAAUUGAGAGGAUCUUUCUUCAACAUGCAUGGCCCUGUGGAUACCAUGUCCUGGUUCGUUGAUCGAGGGGUGGAACUAAAGAUUGAGGAUGAUGGAAGAGUGUUUCCUGUUAGCAACAAUUCUUCUUCAGUCGUUGAUUGUCUUAUAUCUGAGGCAAAGUGUAGGGGAGUUUCUUUGCAAACUGGGAAAGCUGUGACAGGUGCAUCUGCUAGUGCCAGUGGAAAAUUCCUUCUCAAGGUUGAGAAGCGUACGCUCAACUCUGUUGAACAUGUAGAAGCUGAUUAUUUGUUGAUUGCCAGUGGAAGUAGCCUGCAGGGUCAUAGUCUUGCACUUCGGCUUGGUCAUUCCAUCAUAGAUCCAGUGCCAAGCUUAUUCACUUUUAAGAUUGAGGAUUCACAAUUGACAGCUUUGUCAGGGGUUACAUUUUCAAAAGUUGUUGCGAAGCUGAAAUUAGAAGAUGUUCAAAGGAACAUACCCCAACUUACCCAGGUUGGCCCCAUGUUAGUCACACACUGGGGUCUCAGUGGACCAGCAAUUCUUAGGCUAUCUGCUUGGGGUGCCCGAUAUCUGUAUAGCUCAGGUUACAAAGGGAAACUAAUUGUGGAUUUUGUACCCGAUUUGCAUAUAGAAGAUCUAAAAUCCAUGCUGAGUCAACACAAAAAUAGGUUUCCGAAACAAAAGGUGCACAAUUCAUGUCCUACAGAAUUAGGACUUGUGAAGAGAUUUUGGAAAUAUAUAUUGGAUCAUGAGGGUUUAGUGGGAGAUACUUUGUGGGCUUCCGUUUCAAAUAAUUCUUUGGUUUCUGUUGCUCGUCUUUUAAAACAUUGCACAUUUGAAGUGAAAGGAAAGGGCCAAUUUAAGGAUGAAUUUGUCACUGCUGGAGGUGUCCCACUGUCAGAGAUCCAUCUGAAUACAAUGGAAAGCAGAAUCCAACCAAAUCUAUACUUCGCAGGAGAGGUACUAAAUGUUGAUGGGGUGACGGGUGGUUUCAAUUUCCAGAAUGCUUGGUCUGGUGGAUACAUUGCUGGCACCAGCAUCGGUAGACUGGCAGGCAAUGCUAAUUUAGAGGGAGCCAUACGAGUCAAUAGAGUUUGAGAAUAUAGAUAUGCAUUUUCUUUGGCUAGAACUAGAGAUGUUCAAGUGCAUGUUUGUACUGGAUUUUCGGAGAAGGUUAUCGAUCCAAUACACAGGGAAGGGAUCCCAAUUGACAGUCUUCUCUCCAAUUUUUCCAUGAUGGCAUGAAUUUGGUCACCUUAUCUAAAAUAAUUUUUCACAUUUGACUACAGCAUCUACUCGAGUCUUCUUUUCUUUUGUACAAAAGUUUAUUUAGUACAAAGGAAGUCGUGGCUUGGAGAUAAAGUUAUAAAGGAAAUGAUUAAAGGUAAUGAGACUUGAAUUUCAAAUCAAUUGAAUGUUAUUUGCAUAAAGUAAUUGAGUUAAAGUUUGAGUUUAUAUCUAUUCAAGUUUUUGUUAUAUUUUAGCUCAUGUUUGAUGCAUAGGAUUAUUGAUA